AAACUCUAACCCAAACCCAAAAUAUUAGAUUCUCGAUACACAACAAACGUUUUUUUUUUUUACUCUUUUAGUCUUCUGCUCCACCAUUUGCAAUAUGGCUUUCUUUUGCAGCGAGGAGAUGGAACUGUACCUGCUGCUGCUGCAUGUGGACAACGCCUUCAAUUGCCUAAUGGAGCUGGGCCAUCAUGGUGGACUGCAGUUCAACAAUGUAUACGACGAGGAUCAUAUCCUGAACGGCUUGUAUACCAAGAAGGUGCAGCUGUGUCACGAGCUGUUGCGCAUUGUCGAAUAUCUGCAGGACCAGUUGAGCAGUCUGGAUAUGAGAGCGACAUUCUAUGCCGACGUCGAUACAGAGCAUCGGCCACGCGAAUCCUAUAUACCGACAUACGAGUUGACAUUGCGUAGUCAGCAUACGGAAAUUUUUUCCGUCAUGGAGCACUUUAAUACGCUGGAAAAGCGUCAAAACUAUAUGACAGAGAAAAGUUUUGCCCUGCAGAAAGCAAGCAAGUUUCUCUCCUCCGAUGGGAACAGUGGAUCCCAGCUGCUCUACUCGGAGAGCACAAUUGUCGGCUUGUUAAAGGAUCAGUCUGAAGCGGAUCCGCUCGGCUUACAGCUCAAUUAUAUCUUGGGUAGCAUCAAUGUGGAAAAGUUUCCAGCGUUUGAGCUGAUGCUUUAUCGCAUGUUUGGCCGCAAUCUGUUGAUACGACACGCCCAAAUUCCCAUGAAGAUAAUGGAACAAGUGGGACAUCAGCGUCAAAUGGUGCAUAAACAUGUUAUCCUGCUGAUGACCACAUCGGCGAGCAUACGACCCAAAUUGCUCAAGUGCUGUCAGGCGUUUCAUGUGACCAUCUUUGAGUGCCCCGAGAAGCCCAGCCAGCGUGCGCAGAUGAUCGCUCAGCUAAAUCAGGAUAUACGCGAUCUGGAUGUGGUGCUCAAUGAGACCCGUUCGGUGCGCAAACGCAUAUUGAGCACUGCGGCCAACGAUCUGUUCAUAAUACGCAUCAAUUUACGUAAAUCCAUAAAGGUCUACGAUCUGCUCAAUCGCCUAUAUCCAGUCGGCGGUCCAGAGCAUCAAAAGUAUCUGCAGGCCGAAUGCUUUGCACCCAAAUCACAAGUAAAUGGGGUACGCGAUGCUUUGAACCGUGGCAUGUUUGUUCCUCAAGGCGAAGAGAUGAUCUCCUCUCCACCGAUUCUAUUAAAACGCACUCGCAAACAGCGACACAUACCGCCCACAUAUUUCGGACUGAACAAGUUUACAAAUGGCUUUCAGAACCUAAUUGAUUCCUAUGGCAUCGCGGACUAUAGGGAACUCAAUCCGGCACCAUAUACGAUUAUUACGUUUCCAUUUCUGUUUGCCAUUAUGUUUGGUGAUCUGGGUCAUGGCAUUAUAUUGACAUUCUUUGCCUGCGCCCUGAUCUACCAGGAGAAACGCAUCGAAGAAUUGAAACGGACGAAUCAAAACGACAAUGAGAUACUUAAUAUUUUAUUUGCUGGCCGAUAUAUUAUUUUGUUGAUGGGCAUAUUUUCAAUAUAUAUCGGGUUUAUCUAUAAUGAUGUCGUCUCUCGGCCGAUGAAUCUCUUUGGCUCCAGCUGGUCGUGUGUCUAUAAUGAGACCACAAUUAUGACCCUGACCACCGAUCUGGCAUUCAAUCCAAACGAUCCCAAAUUCUAUACGGGCCAUCCAUAUCCGUUUGGUGUUGAUCCCGUUUGGAGUAUCAGUGGCGAGGAUUCGAUAACCACAUUCAAUUCGCUCAAAAUGAAACUGGCCAUCAUUCUGGGCAUUGCACAGAUGAUGUUUGGCCUCACCUUGUCGGCUGUUAAUUGCAUCCACUUGCAUCGCAAGGCCGAUUUAUUUCUGGUGGUUUUUCCAAUUUUCGUAUUUAUGAUCUGUCUGUUUUGUUAUCUCGUUUUUCUCAUAUUUUUCAAGUGGCUGAUGUACGGCGGGUUGAAGCAGGCGCCCUACAACUCGGCCUGCGCGCCAUCCGUGCUGAUCACCUUCAUUGACAUGAUGCUAAUGAAGACUACGGCACUGGAGGUGAAGACCUGCAAUGUGGGCAUGUUUCCAUAUGAACGUCUAUUGGAAUAUAUCCUGGUGUUUGUGGCCUUUGCCACUGUGCCCGUACUGCUAGCCGGCAAGCCCAUCUAUUUGACCCGGCGCCAAAAACAGCUCACCAAGGAGAUCGAGAAACAGGAACCCGAUAUGCAUAAGAACAGCCAUAAUACCAUACAGGAGAUGCGCUCCUCGCUGCGCUAUUCCGUUGAGUUUCAGAACGAGGAUAACCGCGGUUCGGGACCCAAGCUACAUACCGUCAACGAUGCCCUUGAAUUUGAUAUGACCGAAAUCUGGAUACACUCCGGCAUACACACCAUUGAGAGCGUCCUGGGCUCGGUCUCGCACACCGCCUCCUAUUUACGUCUCUGGGCUCUCUCGCUGGCCCACAGCCAGCUGUCGGAUGUGCUCUGGAAUAUGAUUCUCGAGAAGGGUCUCAAAAAUAAGUUACCCAUUUAUGUGGCAGUACCCAUACUGGCCGUGUCCUUCUUUAUUUGGGCCAUACUAACGGUUGCCAUAUUGGUCAUGAUGGAGGGUCUGUCGGCUUUUCUGCACACGCUGCGCUUGCAUUGGGUGGAGUUUCAGUCAAAGUUUUUCAAUGGAGCCGGUGAGCCGUUUCGCAGCUUCUAUUUUCCACCCUCCACUAUACGUAGUUAAAAAUGGGUUUCAUUCGGUCCGGUUAUGCUUGGAUGUGGUAUAUUUAUAUUACAUAAAUAUAUAUACAUUGUAGGAACAUGUAGUUAAAUAAACUAAAGAG